AUGAACAAAUUCGAGAGGGUGGGGGAGGCAAGAAAACAAGAGACGAUGUUAUGUGUUAUUGGAUUAGCUUGUGGUCAUGUGACCUUUAAGGAUGAAGGAGGAGUCACUUAUGUGGAUUUCAAUGUUGGAAAAUCCAACAGAAGUGAGAUCAAGGUCACAGGGAAGCGCAAAAGGAAUGCACAACAUUUCGAGUCCAAUAUAGCCUUAUGUAAAUUGUUACAAGUGUAUCACUACAAAAUAUUUGGCAAUGAAUUUGUGAUAGAAAUGGCUUGA